AAGUCUAUCGCUUGGGGACUUUAUGUCAGUCCAGCUUAAACCGUGCACGUGAGUGGAAGUGAUUUUGACGUAGCGUGGAGCGUUAGUGUGAUUAUUGCGGUUCUAAGGCAACGGAGCCGAUAUUGUUGAUGUACGACUGUGGUCCGGCUGAACGACGACGUCCGGCCGUUUGUUGUUGAACAGCGUCAGCAUUGUUCGGAAUUUUGUGUAACUAUUACCAAGAGCAGACAGCACGGACGGGAAAACUGCGAAGAAGCGAGCUGAUAGUGCGGUGGUCACUGUUUUGAUUAGAUGGUGACCGAGAACAACUGUUGUAUUAUUGGAAACUCAAAACUUGGUUCUGACGGAUGAAUGGCGGCAUCGUUAUCAGCAGUUGUGUAUUUGUGAUUUUUGCGUAAAUGAGCAAGACGGAAUAGUGGCUCCGGAUCGAUAUUUAUGGGGCAAGACAGUGAGUGGUAUUGUAAUUGGAGGUAUGCCAUGUCUGCUUGAGGAGUGAAGUAAAGCAUAAUAAUUGCUUGAUAAGUGAGACGACCGAGAAGUCGUUGAAGGCGGAUGAUUGGAAGAUUGUGGGGAAAGGAGAAAUUGUUUUGUGGAGGCCAGCAAGAAAGUGAAUGAGUUAAUGCACCAUAAAUAAUUGGCCUGUGAAAAAAUUGGUGUACCAGAAGAGAUCUGAGAAACAUCGCGAAAACGAUCUUCUGUGACAGUGCAAGCGAGAGUGCAAUCAAAGCAAAACAAAGUUGUGAAUAUUUUGGAAGAGAUAUUUUGGUGUGUUUUUAAAAGCGGGCUCAUUACAAGAGCCAACAACUGUCAUAAAAAUGAUUUAGAAAUAAACAAAUUGUUUCGCUGAUUGCGAUUCUCAAGGAAUCGCGCGAACGAAGCAUCGAACUAGAAACAAUCAUAACAAAGACAAGCAACGAAACAGUGGAUAGAGUCCAGGAAGCAACCUUUUGGAUUAAUCACAUUUGCAGUAGAAUUGGUGUGACGCACAGCAUUCAAAGAAGAUGCUGAAACACGUGCAGAUCUCGCCGAUGCGCAGCCGAGCCGAUUCGCUCUCGAUGCGGUCGUCGACCUCCUGUGCGUCCUCGCUGUGCGGAAGUCCCGAGCCGCCCGGCGAACAGCUGAGGAGUCACUCGCGGGCGUCCAGCUAUUCCAGCCUGAAUGAGACCAUUCCACAGACCACCAUCAAAAUCUACACAGCGUGCCUCCGCCAGGACAUCGAGUACAAAACGCUCGGCAUUUCGUACGACGCCACCAGCAAAAGCGUCGUUCAGCAGCUGCUCCGACGAUGCAAAAUGCGACAUCGUGAUCCACGGCUGUUCUACCUGACGAUGGAGGUGACCGUACGGAGGCCCGGCGUUAAAUCACUGCUGGAGCUGGAUGAUGAAGCGAGGCCGGCCCUGCUGCAGGCUUGCCACCCGAAGGGCGACUCCAGAUUUUGCCUCCAGCAAAAACCUGGCGGUCUCAUCCGGGUGCACACAUCGGCCCUGCAGCCCAACUCCCAGUACAAAUCGCUUCUCAUCUCCGAGGAAACCACCUCGGACGAGCUGCUCGCCCUGCUCCUCUCCUGCUACAACUCCAUCGAACCGGUCGAACAGUUCAGCCUGUACGAAGUCUGCCCCGGCCAGGAAUACCAACGGAAACUCCACCCGGACGACCUGCCCCUAAAAACGCAACUCCAGCGGCAACAGCGCAACGAAAUCAUGCACUUUCUGGUGCGCCGAAAUCCAAACUACCCCCGACGGCGCCAAAUGUUGGCACCCAUCUCCGAAGUGAAACACUUCAUCAUCGGUCCCGGCUCGUUAACGCACCACCGACUCUCGCUGCACUCGUCGACCUUCCCGCUCAGUGCCGUAACCACACCGACCAAUACGCUCAUUUCGGACAUCGUCGAUGGCGUUUCCUCGCUAAACAGCCUCAACGAACCCAAGAGCAUGGCCCUGCGGGAAUCAUGUCUAUCUUCCUCCUCGUCGUCCUCAUCCUCAUCCUCUUCGUCGUCAUGCUCGAGUUCAAGCAGUUCGAGCAGCUCUAGCAGCCGAUCCAGCGAAGACGACAACAACAACGACGACCGGAGAUGUUGCCUGCAGUGCAAAUCAAACGUCGAUCAGUCGGACUGUGAACAGUGCCAACGAGAAAGACCGCUGGACACGGUGGACGGUCCUGCGGUUAAAGCUCGCAACGCGGACCGAUGCCUACAAGCACCACCUCGCCCCUCCAAAGCAUCGCUUCUACCUUCCUCCCUUCUAAUGGCUCCAUCGGCACCUUCCUACAACCCGGUUUACAACAUCCGAGAAAUCCGGACCGUGUGCAACUCGUUUUCCUCGCUCGGAAUCGACAAAAAACUGGUCGACAUCGAAAGGAUCGACAACCGGACGAGCAGUGCCAGCAUAACGGGCAACGUGACGAGGAGCACCGUCGUGAAGGAAGCCGUCAACACCGACCCCGUGAAGGGCGUGGGCAAUUUCAUCUACAUCUGAGCGCGGCGGCGUGCGUUGGGACUCCGAAACGAAUCGAAAACAACGACGACACCGAUAGGUGGCUAUUAUCCGUGAAAAAAUGGAUAAAGUUCUCCCGCGCGAAAGUGAAAUCGAGAUGGCACCGAAGACGCGAACUUUUGCGAUUACAAUUUUGUUUCGUCCACUAGUCACAGUUAUUAAUGUUAUUAAAUUGAUUUUAUUUGAUGUUUUUUCCUUUCGCUGCUUUUCAUGUAUAGAGAUAGAUAAGAAAGUGGAAGUUAAUGAAAAGGAAUUUCGUGUAGCAAUAUAUUUUUAUGCGCUAUAAACCCUCAAGGGUACAACAGGUUUCGGUGUGAGUGUUGUUCAAAAGGAUUCAGAAAAAAAGACUUCUAAACUUUGAAUAACCAAUACAAGGUGAUGAAGAAGGUAAUAACUCAAAUUUUGAUGAAGUUUUUCUUAGACAUGGAAAUCAUUCACCUGUAUUGGAUAUUCAAACGAACUCCCACCGAUAAGGAAAACCUGUCAACACAUCAAAACUAAUCCAAAAAUGAGCAUCCCAAGUGUAUAAUAAAAGGAACAAAGCAAGUAAUUGAAGCCAAAAAAUGAAUCAGCAAACUCCUCAGCCAACCGACAAAGAAGAUGUUAUUU